AUGUCGUCCGGUGUCCAGCCCGUCCCCGAGACCCUUGAGAAGUACCAGGAGCUCAAGACCGGCAAGAAGCUUGCCUACAUCAUCUACGGCGUGUCCGACGACAAGAAGUCGAUUGUUGUUCUCAAGACUUCCGAGUCGCGCGACUUUGAGGAGUUUGUCGCCGACCUCCCCGAGAAGGAGUGCAGGUGGGCCGUCUACGACUUCCAGUACGAGCUCCCCGGCGGUGAGGGUAUCCGCAACAAGCUCGUCUUUGUUCAGUGGUCGCCCGACGAUGCCAACGUCCGCAACAAGAUGAUCUACGCCUCGUCCAAGGACGCACUCCACCGCCGUCUCGAGGGUAUCCACAUCGACGUCCAGGCCACCGACUACUCGGAGAUCACCAAGGAGUCGAUCCUCGAGCGGGCCAACCGCCGUUAA